CCCUUUCGAACAACAUUUGCAUCCGUUUCCCUACAUCGCAGUGAUCGAGUACGCCUCCUCGGCUUUCCUCAGUCUGACAUUCAAAGUAUUCGCGGCGUUAUACAGAACUCAUAUUCGAAAGGCAUAUCGAAAGAACAAUUGUAUGGCAAGUCGCACGAGUUCAAGCUCAACGGCAACCCAUGGUUCGGGCAGAGCUCCGAUGCAGUAAUCUCGCGGGUUCUGAUACGGGAGAUAUUGGCACACUUGUUUAGCAUUGGGUGGAUAUUACACGCCAGCACGGAUGUUAGCAAGAAAGAGAUGGACAAAGACACAUUGUUCUUCAGAAAGCAGCAAGCUCGUCCUCCAGCCAGCGACUUCAUCAGCAUUUCGUUUAAUCAAAGCGAUCGACUGAGGUUGAUUGGUGCUCCAACCCAAUUGGUCCAAGAUUUCAAAAGUUUGCUCUCUGGAAUGGGACUCUUACAGCAAGAUCUCGGGUGGAAAGAUGCAACUUUGAGAGCCUGGGAAUUCAAAUUGAAUGGAUAUCCAUGGAGAGCAACUGGGGAAGAAACAAUGAGUACAAGGCUACUGUUGUUGAAGAUGCUGGAGUGCUUGGAAAGCCAUGGAUGGAGUCUUUAUGCAAGUGUGGAUCAGAGCACUGGUGGUGAAAACUCGAGUGAGACGGAUAGUUGGUAUUGUGUAAAAGAUCGGAGCUGGGUUGAGGGUACUGCUGUGUUUCAUCGUUGA